AUGUUGAAUGAUGUAUUUUCUAAGAGAAGGAGAAUCUCCAUCAUUGGGUGCCUGGUGCAGAUGAACACUGGCCUGUUCCUAGGAAGUACUGAGGAUAUAUUACUGGUGGUGAUGGCGUAUGACCGUUAUAUUGCCAUACGCUUUCCUUUACAUUACAUCAUAAUUAUGAAUUGGAGGACAUGUAAUAUCAUUACAGUCAUUAUGUGGUCAGGCAGUUUCCUUAUAACAACUAUGCCCACUACCUCAAAGCCUCUUGUGUUCUGCAGAGGGAACAUAUUGGACCAUUUCUCCUGUGAGGUAUUGGCCCUUCUAGAGCUGGCUUGUGGUGAUCUCAGUUUCUAUAAAAUAUCUGUAUUUGUUGGAAGUUUAUUUACUCUAUUACUACCAUUUGUUUUCAUUGUUGUGUCCUACAUCUGUAUAAUUAAAUCUAUACUAAAGAUCCGCUCAGCAGGUGCAAGAGCUAAAGCAUUUUCAACGUGUGCUUCCCACCUGACCGUGGUGUUUAUGCUCUAUGGGACCAGUAUGAUCACUUAUGUAGGACAAACAAAGAGUUCUUCAUCCAACCUGAAGUAUUUAGCCUUGGUUUAUGCUGUUGUGACACCGGUGUUAAACCCUUUGAUCUACAGCCUCAGAAAUCAUGAUGUGAAAGAAGCAUUUAAGACAAUAUUGUCCAAGAGUUCUGCACCAUGGAGGGUAUAUCACUAA